AUGGAGUCUCUUCCAGAACCCAAGCAAUUGCCAUUAAGCARUGAGCUGCCUCUUUCCAGGAYGAAGUCCGGAAUCACGAGCACCGAUUGGAUAUGCAACCAAUGCGCCACAGCAUUCGAGGACAUCAUCUCCCAGCUGGAAAAGAGCACCAAGCCAGCCGAUUAUGAACCUGUCUGGGCCCUCCAUCAUCCAAACGUGCCGUCACUUCGAGCAUCGACGCAAGCAGGAUGUGGCGUUUGCAAGAUUGUGAUGACCAUUCUACGAGACAUGAAUGUCCCAGAGCAUAGCGACUCGUCAGUCGAAUCGAAAUACUCCUGGCCGGACUCUGCCGUUCCAAGCGAGGCAAGAUGGGAGCGUCUCAGAUUCUACACUGACCCAUUGCCAUUGAAGAUAAAGKAGCUAUCGCCUCGUGGCGCAAUGCGUUUUGGCUACUACAUGUUUGAUAAAGAGGACCAGAGAAACUCAAACCACUUCAAAGGAAAUCCACCAUGGCUGAGGAUAUCGCAACAGAGCGCUGUAAAUCCCCAGUUGAUCGGACGUGAUGUAUCACAAUGGCCCUCAGCUGACUUGGCGAAAUCAUGGCUCGUUGCUUGUCUGAGUGAGCAUGAAGACUGUGGAGGUGACAAGCAGAGUAUCCUGCCCACGCGCGUUCUGGAGGUAGGAUUCGAUGAAACUGGCACGGGAUAUCGGGUCAGGCUUAUACAAACAGAAGAUCUUCCCGGGCCUGCCACCGGUCUAUAUGUUGCCCUUAGUCAUUGUUGGGGAUUAAAUCCCCCGAAAGUGCUAACAACAAUCGAGACGAUGUCGAGUCAUCUUCAAAACAUCCCCUUCGAGUCUCUCGCGCGUAACUUUCAAGACGCCGCCCGACUCAGCAUCAAGCUCAACUUCCGCUAUCUCUGGAUAGAUAGCCUCUGCAUCAUCCAGAACGACGAGCAAGACUGGCAGAAAGAAUGCUCAAAGAUGGCUUCGACCUUCCAGAAUGCUAGCCUCACAAUCGCAGCAGAGAGUGCCUCGGACGCCCACGCAGGGUUCUGGAAAGAAAGAAGUCCGCCAUCCGGACCUUCGUGCAGCUUUUCAUUGCCACGGAAGGACGGGUCUUGUCUACAUCUCAAAGCUAUACGUGACGAAAUCGGSGACAAGCCUUUCCUGGGAACCGAGCGCCCGCCUGUACUGCGUAAGCGAGGUUGGGUGCACCAGGAAAGACUUUUGUCACCCAGGACUCUAUACUGUGGCAGUAAGCAGAUGUACUUUGAGUGUCUGACCUCACAACGAUUUGAAGAAAUUCAUCCUCCCAUACCGCGCCGCUUCUCAUCCGAAUCGGAUGUUCUUCAGUUCUCCAUCAGAGCGCCGUGGUUACGGGAAGCUGAUAUUGAUCUUCCGGUAAAGGAUGGAUACAACGAAUACUACAGUAUUGUGUCAGACUACACUCGCUGUAAGCUGACAAAGGAAGAUGAUAGGCUCGCCGCGAUCUCUGGUAUUGCUACUCGCUUUCAAGAGUAUAGUAAAGAUGACUAUCUUGCAGGACUUUGGAAAGGAGACCUAAUGAGAGGACUGUGCUGGUCAUGCACGGAACCAUACUUCACAAGAGAUCUGCCUGCGAUUGAGCCCWCAUUCGAUCCACCAACGUGGUCUUGGGCAUCCUGUCGAUACGCUGUGACUUGGCGUGCUAAGGACUUUACAGGUAAUGCUCUUUGGCCCACCAACUUCCUGAGCGCAAAAGUCCAGCUUGUGGGUCAGGACAAGUUCGGGCAGGUUUCUGGCGGCGAGUUGCAUCUGUCUGGAAUGGUUCGCGAUGGAUACAUUGCGAGAGCAUCGGACCUGAAAGAUCUGCCUGACGCACCUGAUGUCAGUACAGUCGCUGGAAUGCGAAGUUGGCUGUAUAGCGCACGCGGUCCAGAUAUCCGUCGCAGUGCGCUUCAGCUCUAUGCAAGCGAGGGACAGCGAGUAGGACUUUGUUGGUUCUUCAGUGAUGUGCCACUGCUYUCUGAGAACGAAGUACGUUGUCACGGUGUGACCUGCUUGUUGAUCGAUGUGAAACCAGUCACGAAAAAUGACACGAGUUGGUUUGUCUGGGUAGGUCUGGCUUUGGAGCCCGUCGCUGAUAGGAUUGAUACGUAUCGAAGAGUUGGUUUGGUGGUCAGGUGGACCGAUAACGACAAAUGGCUUGUUGGUGCUUCGGACAGUCUGCUCUGGAUUGUAGGCGGAGAACGCAAAAGCGUGUGCAUUAUCUGA